CUGAGAACAUAUUAUUAAAGAGUAUAUUAGGGUCGGUUAAUGGAGCUUCAUGACCUGAGUGUCUUUUCCCUCUGGAAAGAAUCCAGGCACAACGACCUGCCGUGGCAGCUGCUGAGCAAAUUCAACAACCAGCUCUCUUUGGAGAAAGCCAACCUGACUCAGCUGCAAGGCACCCACACCAACAUCCCCAAACUACGCCUCGGACACGUCGGAGCCCAGUUCUGGGCCGCCUACGUGCCCUGCGAGACACAGGGUCAAGAUGCCGUCAGGCGGACCCUGGAGCAGAUCGACGUCAUCCACCGAAUGUGCCUCCUCUACCCGGACACCUUCCAGUGCGUCACUGACAGCGCAGGUAUUAAGGACGCCUUCCGCGCUGGGCGGGUAGCCAGCCUCAUUGGCGUGGAGGGCGGGCACUCUCUGGACAGCAGCCUGGCCGUCCUGCGCACCUUCUACCAGCUGGGCGUGCGCUACAUGACCCUGACGCACAGCUGCAACACUCCUUGGGCUGAUAACUGGAUAGUUGACACGGCAACAGAAAAGCCCAUUCACAAUGGCCUGAGUGAAUUUGGGAAGCGUGUGGUCAAGGAGAUGAACCGCCUGGGCAUGAUGGUGGAUCUGGCUCACGUCUCUGUGGAUACGAUGAAUGAUGCUCUGGAUGUCUCGGAGGCACCAGUAGUGUUCAGCCACUCCUCUGCCUAUGCAGUGUGCGCACAUCGGCGCAACGUCCCCGAUGAUGUCCUCCUCCGAGUGAAGCAAACGGGGAGCCUUGUGAUGGUGAACUUCUACACGGACUACGUCACGUGUGCCUCUAAAGCCAGCCUGACCGAUGUGGCAGACCACCUGGACCAUGUAAAGCGCAUUGCUGGGGCAGAAGCCGUUGGUUUUGGAGGCGACUAUGACGGUGUGACCAGGUUACCCGUGGGCUUGGAAGAUGUCUCUGGAUACCCCGCCUUGGUUGCAGAGCUGCUGAGGAGGAACUGGACGGAGGGAGAGGUGAAGGGAGCCUUGGCCAACAACCUGCUGAGGGUCCUGGAGAAAGUGGAGCAGGUGCGGGAUGCCCAGGCAGCCGUUGCCCCCGAUGACACGCCCAUCGAGCUUAAGCAGGUGGAAGGAGCAUGCCGAACCAACUAUGGGUAUCCCAACGGUGGGAGCCAUCCUGGACUGCCACCUGCCACGAUGGCCUUCGGCCUCUUCCUCUUCCUCUUCCUCCUCUCGUAGAAGACGGAGCAGGGCCUCCUCCUUCCUUGCAGCUGACCUCCAGGAGCCCGGCUGGGCAGCUUGGAUGGACAGGAGGGGAGGCGCCUGCUGCCUGAGCGAGUCCCUUUGGAGCACAUUCCACCCCUCACGUCACUGUGCAACCUCGGCCAAGGCUCUUUGAUCAGAAACUUGGCUGGAUGGGUUAAGGAAAACACUUCUCUUCAGUCAGAAAUCUGCAGAAACGCUUCCAGCACCUCUUCCCUCUUUCGGGCCCCACUUGGCUCUUCUCGUUUGCAAAAAUUCACCCCUUAACAUCUUCCUCCCUCGGUCCGUUCCUGCCUGUCUCCACCUGCUGGUACUUUGUCUAUCCCUUCUGCUUUGCUUUCUGCAUACACAGUGCGUUGCACUA